AUUCCGUUUAUUUUCAUUUGUCUUAUUCUGUUUCCGCAUUUUAUUUUUCUACACAACCUCCGCCGUUUGAGUCAUGGAAUCUCCGACUCAACGGAAAAUUCAGGGACCACCGCAGGCACCGCCUACUCCACCGCCGACGUCACCGCCAUCUCAACCGGCAAAAGCUCCAGGGACCGUUCUCCUUGGGAAAUACCAACUCGGUCGCCGGCUCGGCAGCGGAAGCUUCGCGAAGGUCCAUGUGGCUCGUUCGAUCGGAGACGACGAGCUAUUCGCCGUCAAGAUCAUCGACAAGAAGAAGACCGUCAAUGCCUCCAUGGAACCUCGGAUAAUCCGGGAGAUCGAUGCGAUGCGUCGGCUCCAUCACCAUCCCAACAUCCUCAAGAUCCACGAAGUCAUGGCGACCAAAUACAAGAUCUACCUCGUAAUGGAGCUUGCCGCCGGAGGCGAUCUCUUCUCCAAGGUCCUCCACCGUGGCCGCUUGCCGGAGACGGCGGCGCGUCGCUACUUCCAGCAGCUCGCCUCCGCGCUCCGAUUCUGCCACCAGAACGGCGUCGCCCACAGAGACGUGAAGCCGCAGAAUCUGCUCCUCGACAGAGAAGGAAACCUCAAAGUCUCCGACUUUGGGCUCUCCGCCUUGCCGGAGCACCUGAGGCACGACGGCUUGCUCCACACGGCGUGCGGCACGCCGGCUUACACCGCGCCGGAGAUCGUGGCGAGGCGGGGCUAUGUGACACCCGAAUCCCGCAUCCCCUAUGACGGCGCGCAGGCUAACGCGUGGUCGUGCGGCGUCAUCCUCUUCGUCCUCCUCGCCGGAUUUGUCCCCUUCGAUGACUCCAACAUCGUCGCCAUGUACAGGAAGAUCCACCGCAGAGAUUACCGUUUCCCGAAUUGGAUCUCGAAACAAGCCCGAUCCAUCAUCUACCAUAUGCUCGAUCCGAAUCCGGAUACGAGGAUGAGCAUAGAAACCGUCAUGCGAACAUCCUGGUUCAAAAAGUCUCUAGAAACCUCAGAUUUCCAUGGAAGCAUCUUCCAAUCGGAUCCAUUCCUGCAAAAGGAAGCAAAAUCUACCAUAGAUUCAAUCACGGCAUUCGACAUAAUCUCUCUCUCUUCAGAAUUAGACCUAUCAGGGCUCUUCGAACGGAGAAGACGGAGGGAGAAGAGAUUCACAGCUAGGGUUUCGGUGGACAGGGCUGUGGAGAAAGUGAAGGAGAUAGGGGAAAAAUUAGGGUUCGUGGUGGAGAAGAAGAAAGGCGGAUUAGCUGCGGCGGCGGUGGGGCUGGGGAAGGGGAGAACGGCGGUGGUGGUGGAGGCGGUGGAGAUAGCGCCGGAGGUGGUGGUGGCCGAGAUGAAGGUGGCAGUGGGAGACGACGACGAGGAGACUCGGUGGUCGGAGCUCGACGAGAUCGUCCUCUCAUGGCACAGUGACGUCGUGUAAUUGUUUUUUCUUAUUCCUUUUUUUUUGUAAAGGUAGCUUUGGUUUUGGUGUUCGAUUAUGUAUCUAAAUAUAUGAAAAUCAGGUUUAAGUC